AUGUCCAUCGGCGACGCCGACUUUGUGAUUCGCGCUGGCCGUGUGAUUGACGGCACCGGGAAGCCCGAGUUCGUAGCAGACAUUGCAGUCAAGGAUGGUGUGAUUUCCGCAAUCGGGCAAAACCUCCCUGUUCAGGGAAGGCAGGAGUUUGAUGCCCGAGGACUACUAGUCACGCCUGGAUGGGUAGAUGGUCACACGCACUACGACGCUCAGUGGUCAUGGGAUCCCUAUCUUAGCCCCAGCUCUUCCUGUGGGGUUACCACCUGCAUCAUGGGCAACUGUGGCAUCGGCUUCGCUCCGUGUCAAAAAGACCGACGGAAGUUCCUUGCGCACCUUGUCGAGGCAGUCGAAGAUGUGCCGGAGCGGAUCAUAGCAGAAGGGCUAACCUACGACUUCGAGACCUUCGAAGAGUACAUGGACAGUCUCGAUCGUGCAACCCUGGCUUGCGAUGUUGCGGUGCUCGUCGGGCAUUCGGCCGUGCGCGCAUGGGUGAUGGGAGAUCGGGCCAACUUGUCCGACAAGCCCGGAGGUGCAGCAGAGCAUCCGCUGAAGGAUCAUGAGAUCGAGGCCAUCGCCGCCCUGGUUCGUGAUGCCGUGGCUGUCGGUGCCUGUGGCUUUUCCACGUCACGGUUGCUUAUGCACCGGGAUCCGGAGGGCACUUUGACGCCUGGCACGUUAUCUUGUGCAGACGAGCUGAAAGCUAUUGCCCAAGCUAUCGCAGACGGUGGUGGUGGCGUCUUUGAGAUGUCUUCAGAUUUCCUCUCAUACGACGAUGUUCACCACGAGAACUUGGAUCCCAAGAAGCUUCGAGCUUAUCAGCGGGGGGAGUAUGAGUGGCUCAUAGACAUCGCACGCCGACAUGGCCGAGACGUUCCUGUAACCUUCAACUGCUUCGCAAACCAUCCGACCUUGUUCGUGAUUCAGUCCAUCAACGACGCUGGUGGCCUGGCUAGGGGCCAGUGCAUUGCCCGUGCACAAGGUCUCUUGCAGUCCUUCCACUCCAGGGCCCAUCCGUUCGUCAUCAGCCGCACCUUCAACGCUAUCCUGAAGCACUGCCAGGAGGGAGGUCUGGAUUUGAUUGAUACGCUCAGAAGAUCUGGAAAGCGAGAGAAGAUCAUCGCAGAAACGACAGCCUUCUUCUCGUCUGACCAGGCUGGGCAGUACAAGUACUUGCAAGACUUCUUUAAACCUUUCGAUGAGCACUUUCCUUGGACGUCACACUACGAGCCUGAGAAAGCCACAGACAGUGUUGUGGCGAUUGCUCAAAAGGAAGGGCGAGGCUUCGCCGAGGUGUACUGGGACAUCAUGAUCAACGGCGGGGUAGUCUGGAAGCCCUUCCUGGGUUCAUAUGAUUGGGGCGGUUACAACAUGACCUGCACGAUGUUGAACCAUCCGCACAUCAUGCCUGGAUUCGCAGAUGCUGGGGCGCAUGGAACCAUCUUCCAGGAUGCAGCAAUCGCAUCCCACAUGCUUUGCUACCUGGCCAGGGACCGUGUCAAAGGUCCCAAGAUGAGCUUGGAGCAUGUGGUCAAGCUGAACAGCCUGGAGGUUGCCAGCUUCUUCGGCCUGAAGGAUCGCGGAGCACUACAAGUGGGCAUGAAAGCGGACAUCAACGUGAUCGACUUUGAGCGGCUGAGUAUGGGCCAGCCAUACAUUGCCAGAGACAUGCCUCUGGGACAGGACCGCUGGUUACAGGAUGUGGAAGGAUACUGCCUCACCUUGCUUUCUGGGCGACCGACCCUGAUGCAUGGUCGUCUCACCGGAGCCCUCCCCGGCCGGCUCCUCCGGAACCCUCGGCGUAACGCCGCAGCCUACCAAGGAUCCCUGGCUGCACUUUUCAGUGGCUUAGGUGUCCGGAGAGUUUCACGGCGGCUUGCAGAAGGAGUACAGCACAACCGUUCCAUCGACUACUCUGCAGCACAGCUGGCAGGGGUCCGCGAUGCACCCAUGGUGUCGGAGAUGGCGCUGCGCCUCCUCAGCCAGGGUAUGGAGUUCAGCGACCUCAUUUCCCUCGAUGCCAUCCCAGGCAUGGAGCGCGCAGUGUGCACGGCAUUGCUGGAAAUUCUGAAGGAACCUGGCGUGCCCUCAGAUGUGGCGGAGGCUGCGCUGACAUCCGAAGUGGGUCGCAGGUUAGCAGAGCAGGCCGAGUCCGUGGCAGAAGGGGAGGCAAAGCGCAAGGUGGUUGCGCCCGACUCGAAGAGCUCUGUGAGUAAAGAUGCGAACCUCCCGGUGUACGUUUGCGAGGGCAUAAGCGGCUCGCACCAAAAGAUGGAGAUCAAGAAAGGCUUGUGA